AUGGGCUCGCGGGUGUUCCCGGCCAGGCCGCUGAACCUGCUGCACCAGGUGCUGGCGCAGACCCGCGACGUGGCCAAGCGACGCGACAGACGCAGCGCCGCCGGCUAUGGCGGCCCCUACUUCUACAAUCGGCACGGAAAGAGGACGGCGCUGACCAAGAAGAUCACCGAGAUCCGCAAGCCCGAGCGCAAGGCCAAGCCACUGUUCGACUUUGAGGAGUUCGACGAGGAGAAGUUCUUCAGGAAGCUGGACGAGCAGACUGAGGAGCCGCCCUCCUACACCCGCCUGCCCGAGGGCGAUGUCCUGCUGCGGCACAUCGAGUCCGUGGAUGGGGGGGAGGAGAGUGACCAGGUCGCAGAGCCAGUGGUCUACAGGAAGAGCAAGCCCAAGUCCAAGACGAGGGAGUCGCUGCCGGAGCAGGAGCGGGCGGAGGGGCGCGCAAAGCUGCGACUGUCGCCCACGGAGUUCUUUGAGGCCCCGCCCGCGCCCAAGCAGACCAAACGCCUGAGCCUCGGCGCCACCCUCAACUCUUUGCUCUUUCCCGAACCCUUCUCCAGCAAGGCCACCAUAAGCAAGACCCUGCCCCUGCCGCAGGAGGAGCCUGAGGAGGAGGUCGAGCCCCUGGCACCGCGUCGUCGUCCCUCCAAGAUGGGGCAUGUGGCCAAUGACUUUCUGCAGGCGCAGCGGGAACUGGGCAAGCACUUCCUCAGUCACAUUCACAAGCACGAGCAGCAGCCCUUGGACGAGGAGAAUGCCCAGGAGAGUUCCCUCGAAGCUGAGCCGGCCAAGAAACCAACUAAACAGGAUUACUUUGGGGCCAAGAAAGCACCGGUGCCGGUGCCAAAGCCCAAGAGGCUGCUGGCCCAGAAGGGGCCCGACGAGAGCAUCACCUCCUGGUGGGACAUGCCCGCUCUGCGCCGGCGACGCGCACUGCCCUUCGGUCGUUCCGACGACGAGGUGCGCUCCAAUGCAAUCGACAAAAUGGAUCGGGAUGAUAUGCUGCCCCUGGGACGUUACUCCUUCUACGAAUACAAGGCGGAUCAGCCCGUGGACGAACAGUCCACAGAGCCACCCAAAGAGUCCAGGAUCAUGAGAAUCAGCAAGACCAGAGCCCCGAUCGGGCCCAGCCGCAAGACCUCGCUCUCUGACACCCUGGUGUCGACGGUCAAGUCGAAGGUCUCCCGAUUCAUGCACAUCGUCUCGCGGCACAUGAGCGAGUGGUACAACACCCUCACCAAGCACCUGGACACCGAAACUGGAUCAUCCCCCCGGCCUGACGUGAGCGACAGCGGCAAUGCCAUCGAUUAA